UUCUACGCGCGUAUUUCAAGGGAAACAACAAGAGAAUCGUAACACUUGUUGCAGACUGCAUAAAAAUAUGUUCACCGAGUUUUCUUAAUAAUUGAAUUCGCGCGAAUGGGAAAUUCGAGUAACAAAAAGAAACGCCAUGAAGUUGAAAAUUACGCGAGUCAGUACAGUCUCAGCGAUAUUCUGAAUAAAGCAUGUACCGGAGCAUCGCGUUUGUCCUCUGAAGAUCUCAGCCGCUAUUCCCAAGUCUCUCCAAAAAGCUGGAGCGAAGGUACUUUAAGCAAUCCUUAUGGACGUUCAAAGACGCAGUGGCCAGUAGCGCGGUUUGAGGCCAUAUUUUUGCCUGAAUUUAAAGUUUUGAAAAAUCCACUGAAGUCAGAAUUUGCUUUCGUGGAUUUAAUUGAAACAGGAGCUUAUCGUCAGGUGUACAAGGUUCGCGAACGUGGCAUCGGAGGUGUUUAUGCACUUAAGGUUCUCAAUAAAGCGAAAAUCCUUGCUGAUGAUGCAGUUGUACAGGCAAAACAAGAGGUUGCAAUCCUGAAAGCAGUUGGUCACUAUCCGUUCAUUCUGACCCCAGUACGUCACUGGCAAGGCAGAAAGACAUUGUAUAUAUUAACAGAAUAUAUUGGAGGAGGAGAACUAUAUUCACUGAUAGAAGAUUAUGGAUGUCUGCCCGAGGAUGUCGUUCGAAUAUACAUUGCUGAAAUCGCCUUGGCCUUAGAUUUUCUUCAUAAUGCCGGAAUCAUACAUAGAGAUUUGAAGGCAACAAAUGUUCUUCUCAAUGACGAAGGACACGCCGUCCUCAUAGACUUUGGAUUAGCCAAAUGGUUACGGCCGACUCACAAAACAUCCACAUUCUGUGGCACAGCAGAAUACAUGGCUCCCGAAGUGUUAAGGGGAGAAUAUUACGGACACGAGGUCGAUUGGUGGUCCCUUGGAGUAUUGGCGUGCCUCCUGCUUACCAAUCAAUAUCCGGCGAGAGGGCGGUCCGACCUUCUGCCGGACACGGGAGAUCAGGAAGACCAGGUUCCUGGGACUCUGCCGGACGUCGAAAUGUCCCCAGGGGCUAUGGACCUCUUGAAGAGACUUUUACAACCCGAGCCAAGACUGAGGCUGCAUUCCAUUUUGGCUCUUCAACGCGUCAAGUUCUACAUGGGGCACAACAUUCGGGCGUACUGCUCCUUGUCGGUGUCGCCAUUUAGGAUCCUCGGCCGGAAACCAGGAGCGAGGAGGACCUCGACGAAGCACGAUUUCCCCGACUUCGAUAGCCCGGUCGGCAUGGGUACCUCCAGAGGAUGAGGACGAUAAGUAAAGGAAGUAUCGCUUCACCUACCUCUUUAUUAUCCUCCCUGUGAUAUCGCUCAUCGGUCGAGAUUUUGCAUUCCCCUCGGCCGCAUUAUCAUAUAAUGGGUCUUCUAAUAACGCAAGAACCGCGUCCUGGGGCGCUAACUACGUUACCGCCGUUCCAGUUAAGGAUGCGAGAUGUUAUCCCGGUGGCAAAAGCCGUGCAACAAAGUCACGCACAUCGUACGAACCAACAGGGAAUCCUGGGACGACUCGGAAGGGUCCUGAAAACGUAAUCGAAGAUGGUGAAGGAGAACAAAAUCGGUGGAAUAGAAACUGCAUGAUUUCUUUUCGUUCUACAGCUGCGAGAACAAUAUACAAGUCACGGGGGAGGAACGAAUAAAUACAAAACAUGUAUUAAAAGAGACAAGGAUCUAGAGUCGUCCGCCGAGGGUCCUCGGCUACCCAGGACUUAAAAAGACAAGCCUUCGACAUCUCUCUAUCACCGAUUUCUCCCUCAAAACGAGGCGACGUAGAGGGCGACAAGAUCGCUUUGCUACGGAGAGUCAGUUUACAAAAGUUUUAAUUUUUUUGUUAAGAAUAGUUAACAGUAUCUCGUUUGUUACAGUGUUCUCGUUAAUGAUACAAUAAAUUGCAAUAAUCGUAGCGCGUAUAAACUAAUGUAACAAAGAAGAAAGGAAAAUAAUUCGUUUGCGCGCUCGAGAGGACGACGCCCUUAAGGGUCGACCAACGAGCGGUCCGAAUGUUUCUUUACGUCCGCCCUUAAGCCAGUCCAAUCGCGAGCCCGAGUUCGCCUUUCAUUUCAAGUUUACAGUGAUAGUCAUAUAUAUAUAUACAGUAGUACUCUUAAACUCUAGAGGGUUCCUUGCUUUCGAUAUAAUACAGUGUUCUCCUCGAGCUAUCUUACGUCGUGUAUACAAAACCUCGACAAUCGGUCGCCAUCGACGGCCAUCGAGGGGGUUCCUUCGUCCGCAAAGGAAGGUCGUCGGGCCGCUCCUCGUCCCGACGACCUCCAAUCCGCCAUUUUGAAGGAUCCUAGAAGACGACUUCCCUAGGGCCGCAGGACGCAGCGAACGACCGUCGACCGUCGACUUAACCAGGAUUCGCUUCGACCACCCCGAUCGGCGGAGUCAUUUGGUAAAAAUCCCGAAAGUUUAACCGGCCCCUUCCGCUCCCCUUAAUGAUCGCCUUCCUAGUUAUUUACUGUACUUCGUCAA